CGCUCGAUUUGAGUUUAGUUUUCUGUCAACAUCCAAACGAAUCAUAUCGCGAUGAAGCUUUUGACUUUGACUUGCCUGCUGGCAGGUCUGACCCUCGCCUGGAGCGGCACUGUCUCACGUCCUUAUGGGACCAACUACACUACGGAUAUACUACGUCUGGCCAAAGCAGCUCACAUCAAGGCCUACAUGACGGAGGGAGAACUACAACCCUGCGAUAAUUUCUACAAUUUUGCCUGUGGCAACUGGCCACGCCUGCAUCCGUCGCGGUUGCACAACAAGAGGACCAACUACUUGGAAGAACUUCAAGAGUUGUUUGUACGCAAAAGCGCCGACAUGUUGAAGACAACGACAGCUGGAGCGGACAGCAGUGCCGAUCAAGUGAUCAAGAGUUUCUACAGCUCUUGCUACAGCCAGGCGAAUGACACACGCUCCGCACUGGCGACUCUCCUCCAGGUGGCGGACUUUCGCGGCGGGUGGCCAGAAAUUCGAGUGCCUUCCUGGUAUCACUACGAGUACGAUUGGUUGCAGGUGGUGGCUUCACUUAAAAGCCGCUUGGGAGUGGACAUUCUGAUUGGACUAGAUGUUGUGCUGGACUACAAGGAGGAUCACAUGCAUCGCCUCAAGAUUGGUGCUCCACAGUUGCCACUGGGCCAUCGCCGUCAAUAUCUGGAUCCAGGCUAUGAAGGUACUCGGCAGCGUUACGAACACAGUAUUGUCCAGAAACUGCAAGGUUACUUUCCGGAUCAGCCAGAGAAUUGGUGCAGCGAGGUGGCCUCACAGAUUCUAUAUAUUGAGCAACAGCUGGCCAAGGGAUUGCCCCACAAUGCGGCACUCACGUUGGAGCAGACAACACGGCAACGCACCGCAGCCGAUAUGAAGACCGCCUAUGGCAGCUACGUCGAUGUCAGUCGUUAUCUUCAACUGAUCUUUAAUAGUCCCAUAGUUGUGGAGCUGUACGAGACUCCCGAGGAUUAUCUAUCCAAUCUGAUGGAUGUGAUCCGCAAGACGCCCAAACUGCAUCUGGCCAACUAUACAAUCUGGCGAGCAUUGGACACUCUGGAUCAGGCACGUAUCCCACAGGGCGUUCAGCCGGGCAUCUGGUGUGUCCAAAUGGUACGACAAUAUUUCCCAAAGCAGCUGGAAAGUCUCUUCCACCGCAACUACAACAACAUGCAGAUGAUCAACGAGUUGCAAUCCACCUGGUCAGAUAUUAAGCGUGUCUUCCGCGAGGAUCUGCAGGCAUCCACUGAUCUUCAUUGGCUCACACUCGAAACGAGGCAAAAGGCCAUUGGGAAACUGGAGGCAUUGGAUCUGCAGUUUCGCAAUCACGACGAGACGGAAUUAAUACGACAGGUUCAAACCCUCCAUUUGCGGAUGGAUCAAUUCUAUCAGAACUUCGUGGAUGUCUUACAAUGGCGCACAAAGAAACAUCUAGAUAAGUACAUGCAGGAACCACAACUAACCGACAAGGUGUUCAAGUUGCCCCACUAUGAACUAAAGACCAACAAGAUGCAGAUACCGAUCACCUUUCUGCAGGCACGUUUCUUCUGGGAUCCCGCCUAUCCCAAUGCCCUCAAGUACGGCACUCUGGGCGUUCUCCUGGCUCGCCAGAUGCUUCAUGGCUUUGACGAUGUGGGACGCCGCUUUGAUCGCCAUGGCUACAAAAACAGCUGGUGGGAUACAACUUCUGAAAAUUCCUUCUCCAGACGUGCCCAGUGCUUCCAAGAGCAGUAUGCGGUCUUUGUGCAGUUCCGGGAGAAACCAGUCCAGGACAAGGGACUCCUCAGUCGAAUUGUUGCCGAUAAUGGAGCUCUAAGCAUCGCAUAUCGGGCCUACACCAAGUGGUUGAAAAAUUCUCCGGUAACAUCGACUAGCUACCAAAGUGAACGCCUUCCCCUGCUCGAUUAUUCGCACAAUCAACUCUUCUUUCUGGCCUACGCUCAGCUUUACUGCACCGACUACCCGGACACCGUGGAGAUCUUUGACGAGCUGCCCGAACAGCUAAGAGUGAAUACAGCUCUCUCCAAUUCGGAACAGUUUGUAAACGCCUUUAGCUGCUCGGGAAGCGACAAGCUCAACGCUCGCUUCAAGUGUCAUCUCUUUUGAAUAGGUUAAUCAAAUCGCAAGCCAUUUAAGCACUGCAGAUAUGAAUAUGAGUAUCGAAUCGAAUAAAGCACACUCUUUGCACUUCUUUGAA